GUGAGGAUGAGGAGGAGGAAGAGGAGGCGAGCGGAUGUGAGUGUGUAGCAAGUGUUCACUAUGCCGGCAAGCCGGCAACUCUUUUUACUGUUUUUUUUGUAUUUUUUGGGGGUUCGUUCUUCACAAUUAGUACAUCCGGUCCUCGGCGGGAGUCCGCCUGGCGUUAAGUGCGGGCUGAGCGGCAGUGAGUAGGAACAAUAAGUGGAGCCAACCGAGCACAACAAAAGACACGAGAAGAUGUCCGAGGGACGUCAGUGCCAGGUACACCUGCUGGACGGUAGAAAGCUGCAGCUGCAGGUUCAGCCCAAGCUUUUAUCCCGAGACCUGCUAGACUUGGUGUCAUCACAUUUUAACUUGAAGGAGAAGGACUAUUUUGGACUUUGCUUCAUUGACGACACUGGUCAGCAUAACUGGCUUCAGCUUGAUCGAAAAGUCCUUGAUCAUGACUUCUCAAAGACGUCAACAACACUGGAACUUAAAUUUUAUGUGAGAUUUUACAUUGAGAAGAUCACCUUUUUAAAAGACAACACAACAGUGGAGCUUUUCUUCUUGAAUGCCAAAUCAAUGGUCUUUAAUGAGACAAUCGAAGUGGAAAGUGGACAUGUAUUCAAGUUAGCUGCAUUCGCGUUGCAGGAAGCCAACGGGGAUUACACAUGCACUGAAACUGCCAGAUCAGAUCUGAAACAGCUCCCAGUUCUGCCCACCCAAGUUCUCAGAAAGCACCCGUCUCUUAGUUAUUGUGAAGACGAAGUGAUUGACCAUUACAAGAAACUGAAGGGACUGACCAGAGGACAAGCCAUUGUGAAGUAUCUGGCCCUGGUGGAGUCCCUGCCAACAUAUGGCGUCCAUUAUUACCCCGUAAAGGAUAAGCAGGGAAUACCCUGGUGGCUAGGUGUCAGCUACAAGGGCAUUGGCCAGUACGACCAGCAGGACAAGCUGAAACCGAGAAAGUUGUUCCAGUGGAAGCAGUUGGAGAAUUUGUAUUUCCGAGAGAAGAAAUUUGCAGUGGAAGUGAACGACCCGCACAGUCGAACAGUGAGCAAGCGGACCUUUGGGCAGGCUGGCCUUGUCAUUCACUCCUGGUAUGCCAGCCAUUCUUUGAUUAAAACUAUCUGGGUGAUGGCCAUCAGUCAGCACCAGUUCUACCUGGACAGGAAGCAAAGCAGAUCUAAUAUGACGACAACAAGGAGUUCAGGGGACAUUGCCAUGGAUCUCACAGAAAUUGCUUCCCAACGGAUCACUAAACUUACCAGCCUCGAAUGCAAUGAUCAGCUCAUCAGGGCAAGCAGUGGAAGCCUCAUCUCGGCUGGUUCUGCUGACUCUGACGUGGCCGAGGAGCAGAAGAGAGAGAAAAUUGCCGAGAUGAAAAAGAAAGAGAAGAGCCUUCAAGACACACUCUCGCAAAAACUUGAAGAACUUAAGAAGAUCUGCCUGAGAGAAGCGGAACUUACAGGCACAUUACCUAAAGAAUAUCCCUUUGCCACGGGAGAGAAAGUCCCUCAAGUACGACGACGUGUUGGGACAGAAUUCAAGCUCGAAGACCUUUUUCCUUAUAAUGAGGAUCCACGUUUAAGGGACCUGGAAAGCAGAUUAGCCUUGCAGCGGAAGAUUGUACAAGCAGCCCAUAAGUUAACCAAAGAGGGCGAUAUGUCCAAGACGAUGAAGAAAAAAAGGCAAAACAACUGCAAGGAUGCAAAAACAAAAAUGGAGGCGAUUGAGAGGGAGCUCAACGACUAUAGGGUGAAGAACGGAAAACAACCCAUCGAAAGGGCCUCUGUGACCUUAGAUGAUUUAAAUCCAUCAGACCUUAGCUCUCUAUCUGACAGCUUCACACUGGACGAAGAUGGUGACAUCAGUUCCCAGAGACAGCGUUCCACGUCAGUCCAUUACUCCCCAAGAUCCCACCAUGAAGAAACUUUCAGGAUUCACCACAGCAAAGAGAGACGAGCUUCCGCUAAUGACCAACACACGGACAGCUGGUUGAUCUACAGUCAAAUCCAGGAACCAGUCCACCACAGUCACCAUGAUGCCUUAUUAAGCCACAGCAGUCCAUACAAGUUAGCUUCCAGACAACCGGGUGACGCACGCAGUAUGCCUCCGACUCCAGUCCUCACACGCAAUGCUUACAGCAGCACCCAGCUCAAAUCAGAGCACGCGCCGCAGCAUUUUCGCCAACGGAGCGAGAGUCUGGAGUCCCAGUCUCAGCUUCUACCAGAGACCGAACGGCCCUUGCCCACAUUCAAGAUUUCCCCAACCCGACGGAGCAACAGCACCGAGGUACUCGACGAUGGCUCCUCUUACACGAGCCAGUCCAGUGUGGAGAACGCCAUUCCCGGCAACCACAACCACAGACGAAGAACGCGCGGCCGCCACAAGAAAGAUAUUUACGCCAACACUGGCAGCAUGCCUAACUUGGCUCAACCGGAGACCCACUGUUACGCUUACCAUUCCCGGAACAGACCCAACACAACUGCCUACUACCUGGCAGGGUUUCCCGGCCAAAUGGAGCCAGAGCCUUACUCCAGUCGGGUACACAUAUACGGCAAUGACACGGAAGGACACUACAGCGUUAAUCCGUCCCACCAUCCCAACCACGCAGUUUAUCGUGUCCAUGACACGCAUGGCCGCUACGGCACUGACGAGAUAGAUGGCAUGCCACAGAACCUGUACGCUACACUGAGGCCACCUAGAAACUGCCCGGGCCCCCGGGGUGAAGAGCAGACGUCGAGAAAUUUCCAGAAGGAAGUUGUAACCAAGCACUUGGUAGGCUGGUACCAACGCAACACGGCUAACAAACAGGCUGCGUACAGCUACGACUAUGACCGAGGAUCCACGCAGAGUGUGAGCUACCAGACCAUGCCUCCACCAAUCAGCCACAACAACAGAAACCUCUCCUACUCCUCAGCUUCAAUUGGAAACUGGCACGGCCACAUAAGCGGCCGUAGUAUACUGGACUGUGCCGUGCCUAAGCAGACGCCACAGACCUUCAAGUACACUACAGCUCCUUUCAACCACUCCACUCUCAGCAGAUACGGCACCUCGCAGAUUUUUAAUGGUUCGUGGCGCAGCCCUGAUGGCCGGGGAGGCUGCAUCUUUUUUCCCUCAAGUUCUUCCUCUCCAGUUUUCUCCACCCCUCCUCCCUUCUCUCCUCUUCUUACUCCCCUGGCUGCCGAACAAGGUCGGUGGCCUCCAGAGGGCUCAGGCCCACUCAGGUGCCCCUUGUAGCUCAUAAUCCUACGCAGAUGUCAAGCAAGUCACCAGCAACCAAACGCACGCAGACACGGACCCACAGGACCGGAUUUGCUGGCACGAAGACUCCGAGCCAGGAACAAUAGUUUAGCUGCCUAUGUUGGAAUAAUACCCAGCAGGUGUUCCCCCGUGCCUUACACUGCACUUCUCAACAAGGACACCCGGAGAAUGAAGGAAUCGGAACGAAAAAUGAGUUUCGGUGCACUGCGGACUUUGCCAAGAGGAACAACAGCGAGUUGCAACGAACAAAUUUGAACGUCUCCCGCCACAAAUGUGAUCGCUACGCCCAUGAAGGAUCAGACCAGGAUCGACAGGAUCUUAUUAAGAAUGAAGGAGCUCAGCAGAGAGCGAGUCGGACAAAGACGGCCGCCGACUGGAACCAGGAUAAUCUACCUUUAAUUGGGAGUACUUCCUUUAGUGUUCAGUCUGUGUCACAUAUCUGUGUUUGUGUCUACCAGCAGUAUUACUCCCAGAACACAAACAAGCGCACUGCCACUGGAGGAGAGACACGGACAACAAAACAAACACGGUGGUUGUUUUUAUCCGUGCUGGAACUGACGGCCUUGGUGCUCCUCAUUUCUCCGACGAGGGAAACAAAUCGUACAUGGUAAUAUUGUUAAUACACUGGUCGUUUGUUUUUUUUUUAAAAGCUUCGUAUGUAUUUGAAAAGCAUGUAAUAUAUAGUAAAUAAUGCCAAGCUGGUUCUUAGGAAUUUGUAUCAUUUCACGUGUUUGAAUAAAAAGAAGCCAGCA